AUGGUGGACGACCGCAACGAGAGCGAGCUGCAUGAGCUCGAGAUGACUGCUAUCUUACAGAAUGGACUCGUGCAGACCGCGCUGGUCAUCUCGGCGCCGUACCUCGUGCCGAAGGGUAUUCGACUCGUUCAGUCCUUUCUCAACCCAGCGCCAAAGGGCUCGAGGGCGCCGGCGCACCCAGCUUUCGUCAACCGGCCUCCUCCUCGCAUGCUUGUCGACUCCCCUAGACUGGCCAUCUUCCGGCUGUUUCUCGUUGCGUUGGGUGUCUCUGUAGCCGUCUUCUCUGCUCUAUCACCUCCACAUAACCUAUUUCUCUCGCUUUCAACGCCCCAUUCCUUCCUCUCCUCCCUCUUCCCGACUCUCCGUCACCCCCUCGACAUCCGCCUCGCGACCGAAACCCUCGCCCGAGCCUGGUCGCACUCUCUCGGCCGUCCCCUCUCCGAACCCGAACUCGCCCUCGCCUCGCGGCUGCAAACCCUCGACGCCCGACUAGCCUACAUCGCCUAUGGCGCCGGCCCACUCAUGCAAUGCGCAUGGUGUCGACCACCCGGGACUGCGAGCGCAGCCGGACUUCUCGGGACGGAUUACCUUCUUGCUAUCGCGCCUGGGACGGCUGUCGCGUGUUUGACGGCAUUGACGGGGUGUGGACUGUUGUUGAGCGGAAAUGGGAGAGAGAGGUGGAGGGCUUGGAUGGUCUUGGCGGUUGUAACGGGAGCCGGGGUGGAGGUAUGGAAGAGGUUGACUUGGGAUGGCGCGCGAGGCGGAGUCGGCGGCAAGAUCUCGAUGCUCCACUCGGAACUCCACCUCGCGCGCGCGCUCUUCUUCACCGUCCUCCUCGUCCUCUCCUUCCUCGCUCCACCUGCGACAAUCCCCUCUCCACCGCCCUCCGCAUCCUCCCUCCUCGCACCAGCGAUCUCAGCCAUCUCAGCGCAGACAGAAGGCGUCUUGGACCGUUUGCGAGCGUUGAGUCUGCAGAGGAUGGCGAUCCUGCACAAGGAAGAGUUCCGAGAACAGGUCACCACCUUCUGGACCUCGGCCGCGCACGACUCGUCCCUCGCGCGCUCCGAUCCGCAAAUCCAGGACGUGCUGGAGACGCAGUUCCGAGUACCGGGUGGACCGACAGAGCAGUUUGAGAAGUGGUUGAUGAGCUCGCUGGGGCCUGUGCGAGUGCAGGUGCGGCAUGGGGGAGCUGAGGGAGAGCGAGAGGAUGAGGAGGAGAGCGAAGGAGGGGAGGGAGAGGAGGUGUCGCUCACUGCGUAG